AUGACGACCAAUAUCUGCCAACAUAUCGCCUAUAAUGCCUACGGCGGUAACCUCGUCGCUAGCACUAGCGAUAAUAACGCGCUUCAUUCUUUAUCGCUUCGUAUGGAAUCUGAUGAUGUCAUCGCUACCUCUAAGGAGUGCAAUUAG